AUGGAAACUUUCCUCAAUCUAGAUGAGAUUGAAGAAGCCGCCACUAAAAUAGUGAGCAAAAAGGCAUGGGCCUAUUAUUACUCGGCGUGCGAUGACAAGAUCAGUAAGCACAAAAAUACCGAGGUCUACCGCUCCAUCCAAUUAAGACCAAAGGUCUUCGUUGACUGCAAAGAAUGCGAUGUAAACACAAAAUUGUUAGGCAACAAUGUGUCUAUCCCAAUUUAUGUUUCCCCAGCGGCUAUGGCCCGACUAGGGCACCCCUCUGGGGAAGCUGGAAUCGCAGAGGCAUGUCGCAGCUUUGGCGCUUUGCAGAUCAUUUCGAACAGUGCGUCGAUGACGCCUGAGCAGAUUGUUGCGGGUGCUGCCCCGGACCAAUCAUUUGGUUGGCAACUAUAUGUGCAAAACGAUCGAACCAAGAGUGAACGUAUGCUGGAGCGAAUCAAUAAAUUGAGUGCAAUCAAAUUUAUCGCUCUGACACUGGAUUCUCCCGUGACCGGAAAAAGAGAGGACGACGAGCGCAGCGGCAAUGUCAUCAGUUCCGAGGCUCCCUAUCAGACCGACAAAAAUGACUCGGGCAUAAUCCUCCCGGCUGCAGACCCAGUCUUCAAGGGAAUGGAUCCUGCUCUUACAUGGACAGAGACCCUCGCGUGGUUGGCAAAGCACACCAAUCUUCCGGUUGUUCUGAAGGGCAUUCAAACACACGAAGAUGCGUAUAUUGCCAGCCUGCACACCCCCCAAGUCAAAGGAAUCAUCCUUUCAAACCAUGGUGGUCGGUCUCUUGACACGGCUCCUCCUGCCGUCCACACCCUGCUCGAAAUCCGGAAAUACUGCCCCGAGGUCUUCGACAAAAUUGAGGUCUGGGUUGAUGGCGGGAUCAAGAGGGGAACCGAUGUAGUCAAGGCUCUCUGCUUGGGUGCACGAGGCGUUGGAAUAGGAAGAGGUGCGCUCUGGGGCUUGGCAGCUGGAGGAGUGGACGGCGUAAAGAGAACAUUGCAAAUAUUGACUGACGAGACCAAAACAUGCAUGCGACUUCUCGGGGUGAAGAGGAUUGAUGAGCUCGGACCACAACACAUAAACACUCGACAGGUGGAGAAAGAGAUCUAUGAUGGGCCGUCUGGUCUUGAAGCCUGUCGGGCAAACUUCCGGGCAAAACUGUAG